UGCACACGCUGGUCACGCGGUCAGCUAUUGACACUUCCUGGUGGGAUCCGAGUGAGGCGACGGGGUAGGGGUUGGCGCUCAGGCGGCGACCAUGGCGUAUCAUGGCCUCACUGUGCCUCUCAUUGUGAUGAGCGUUUUCUGGGGCUUCGUCGGCUUCUUGGUGCCUUGGUUCAUCCCUAAGGGUCCUAACCGGGGAGUUAUCAUUACCAUGUUGGUGACCUGUUCAGUUUGCUGCUAUCUCUUUUGGCUGAUUGCAAUUCUGGCCCAACUCAACCCUCUCUUUGGACCGCAAUUGAAAAAUGAAACCAUCUGGUAUCUGAAGUAUCAUUGGCCUUGAGGAAGAAGGCAUGCUCUACAGUGCUCAGUCUUUGAGGUCACGAGAAGAGAAUGCCUUCUAGAUGCAAAAUCACCUCCAAACCAGACCACUUUUCUUGACUUGCCUGUUUUGGCCAUUAGCUGCCUUAAACGUUAACAGCACAUUUGAAUGCCUUAUUCUACAAUGCAGCGUGUUUUCCUUUGCCUUUUUUGCACUUUGGUGAAUUACGUGCCUACAUAACCUGAACUGUGCCGACUCCACAAAACGAUUAUGUACUCUUCUGAGAUAGAAGAUGCUGUUCUUCUGAGAGAUACGUUACUCUCUCCUUGGAAUCUGUGGAUUUGAAGAUGGCUCCUGCCUUCUCACGUGGGAAUCAGUGAAGUGUUUAGAAACUGCUGCAAGACAAACAAGACUCCAGUGGGGUGGUCAGUAGGAGAGCACGUUCAGAGGGAAGAGCCAUCUCAACAGAAUCGCACCAAACUAUACUUUCAGGAUGAAUUUCUUCUUUCUGCCAUCUUUUGGAAUAAAUAUUUUCCUCCUUUCUAUGGAAA